AUGAAAUGACGGGAGGAAGCCAGACAGACGCUCAGUGUGCCAGCUCCAUGAAGAGACACACCACAACAAACGUGAAGAAUGCUACUGAACUACACAAACCAAACAGAGGGUGACCUCUUCUCCUGCUACAGCCCUUCUGUGGUUGGCUACCGGUACUUUGCUGUGCUGUGGGGGUGUGCGGUGACCAUCACUGGAACCUUGGGGAACCUGAUGACCAUCCUAGCUUUUGCUUUGGAUCCACGCCUGAGGACACGCUUCAAUGUGUUGAUUGUCAACCUGGCUGUAGCCGAUCUCCUGUACUGUACCAUACUGCAGCCCAUCUCAGUAGACAACUACCUCCACCUCAGGUGGCGUACCGGUGAGAGCUGGUGCAGGGCCUUUGGCUUCCUCCUCUUCCUCUCUAACUCUGUCUCUAUUAUCACCCUCUGCCUGAUCGCAGCAGGUCGGUAUGUCCUGGUUACAAAAAGAACUCUGUUUAACAAAGUCUUCUCAAAUUGUGGGCUGGUUUUCCUCCUGGUAUCAGCGUGGGGACUUGGCCUGGCCAGCUUUGGACCACUCUGGCAUGUCUACGUUUUUGUGCCCCAGGUGUGCACAUGCAGCUUCCACCGGACCAGAGGCCGCCCGUACACCACCAUCUUGCUGUUUUUCUACUUCUUCGUCGGCCUGGGCUGUGUUGGUUUAUUCUACCUCCUGAUUUACAAACGUGUCCAGACAGCAUCACGAGCUCUGCUCCGAUACCGACUGAGCCGCCGAUCAUCCAAGAACAAGCCUGCUUCUUCAGUGCAAGGCACAGACGACAGCGGUAUCGCAUCUGGUGUGGCCGACACGCGUAGUGCUGACAUGAGCAGCCAGGUGGAUGUAGCUCCAAACCAGCGUGGGACCACCUGUGAAACAUCUCAUGUAAAAACCCAGGCGUCAGAAAGUACACAGAACCCUUCCAAAGACACAAAUACCUCACCAACCAAGCGCCCUCCUUCUUUCCACUCUGCUCCAAAUAAGGCAGCUGCCUCCUCCCACUCUGCUGCCUCAGGGGAUAACACAGAGUUUCAGCGUGUGACUCGCAUGUGUUUUACAGUUUUCCUGUGUUUUAUGUUCUGCUUUGUACCAUUCAUAUUGCUCAACAUAGCUGAUAAGAACAACCGCGCCCCCCACAUCCUGCACAUGUUCUGUGCAAAUCUCACCUGGCUCAACAGCUGCAUCAACCCUGUGCUCUACGCUGUGAUGAAUCGCCAGUUUCGACAGGCCUACCACGUGGUGCUCAAAAGGUUUGCUGCACCCUUCAGCUGCCUCAGGUCCUGCUGCCCGGCAGGGAAGGCCAAUUAAAAUGUCUAAUAUACAGCAUGUACAAGAUGUGCACAACAGGACAACUCGGGGGGAGGGGGUUCAACCCGGGCUUUGUUUUAAAUGUUUUGGGGUUCAUCUUUUCACUUUCACUUGUUUUAAUUGUUCCAUUAUUGAUUUAGAAUGCGAACACGGUCACCUGCCAAACAGCUGCAUAACAAAAAUGCACAGAAAACACCUUCUUGUUGCCACUGAAGGCAUAAAAAUGUAAGUUUUCUUUAAUUGGAAAAGGAUCCCUACAGAGGUGUGUGUGUGUGUGUAUAUAUACACACGAGGUCUGUGAGAAAAGUAUCUGACCUUUUUAUUUUAUGCAAAAAAUAUAUGGAUUUGAUUCAUAUGUUUUUACG